CGCAACGAUCCUCCUGCCUCAGCCUCCCGAGUGCUGGAAUUACAGGCGUGCCCCACCAUGCCCGGCUCCUGUGUGACAUUUUAAUGCACGCAUACAAUGUUUACUACAGCAGGGCAACUGGCACAUCCAUCGCUGCCCGUAUCUUCUCAAAAAUUUUUUCAUCUUUCUGUAAAGGAAGGGGACCUGUGCUCCAGUUCCUAGGAAAUCCCCACUUGGUCACCUGGGGCCAUCCCUGGAUGUCCCUCUCAAAUGGCCGUCACCACUGAUGGACCCCAGCGUCCCCGGUAGAGCGUCCAGCCGGCUUGGGUGUGCGGAGCCAGCCCGCGAGCGCUUGCGGUGUGCUCAGCCGGCGAGAACGGGCUACAGCCAGCGCGCUGGGCCCACGCUGUGUUUGGACGCAGCCGGAGGCACCCAGGGCAGCGCUCAGUCCGGCCCCAGGGCCCAGGGCGAGCCCUGCGAGGGUCAGGUGGGCCGGGGUGGGGCCUGGACUCCACGGGGCAGCCCUGCUUCGGCCCUCAGGGACAUACAGGAUGCAGGGCUGGGGGGCCCGCGACCAGCACGCAGGACUGGGCCCGCAGGUCGGGUGGUGCUGGCCAGCCCGGCCUCCCGCCCACUCGGGAACGCAGCCGGCUCCGAAUCCUGCCCGGCCGCCUUCUGGAGCGCCCGACCACCCCGGGCGGCCCAGUCCCCACCGUGUCUGUCCCCGGCCCCCCGCGUUAGAUCUGGGGGCACGAGUCCGCAGGACGCCGCGCCAGCGCGGACAGUGCGCUUCCGACACCGGGCCUGGCCACUACCCGCUUUGGCUAUCUCAGCGUCCGCGCAGGCAGGAGCACCAGGGACCCUGGACACCCUGGAGAAGAGAGAGCCCGCCCCGUGGAGCCCGGGCCAGGGCCAGGCCCCACGCCGCGCCCACCUGUCCCUCGCAGGGCUCUCACCGGGCCCCGGGUGAAGACCAAUGACGACCCCUUGGUCUUCACAUGGUCCUCCAGGACUCGUAGCGACUACCUGGACAAGGGCAAGUGACACUCCAGGCCUGCCCGUCCUGAGCGCAAAAGACGCACGUGGCCUCAGCCAGUGAGGCCCGGCUCCGCGAGCCGCGCGUCUCCGGGUCCGCCCCGGGGGUGUCAACUCCCAC